AUGGGUAACGAUGCGAGGGUGACUGUUGAUGUGUGCAGAGGGUCCCUGGUUCGCGCCCGGUGCUCUUGUGCCGGGGGAAAGCUUUUAGCGAUUUCACCGGACCAGACUGUCGGUUUCUGCCAUUUAAAAAAGGAGAGACUAUAUAUGUCUACUAUAAACUCUCAAGCCAAAGGACAAAUAUAUGGGCAGGGAGUGUUGGUAACCGCUUUGGUUACUUCAAUAAGGACCAACUCGUAAUGAAUCACAUAUACACUGAAAAAGAAUUGGAGAUUCCUGCUGAGGAAACCGACUUUGUUUGCUUUGACACUGGACACGAUAAGUUUGACAGUUAUGACAUUGAUUCACUGUUAGGUUCCUCUUUAUUGUUAACAGACGAGGAGGAAUCUUUGCAAGUAACCACAGAGACUUUUUACCUAAACAAAAGUGCUGAGAGCACCACGGUGGAAGUGGAUGAGCCUCCACCUGAAGUGACAUUGUUAGAAAAUGAUGAGAUUGAUAGGGAUGUUCCUGAGGACAUUGAUAAGGUUGUAGAGGUUCUAGAUAAUGAUGAUCUGAGACAUUUUGAGGCUUUAGAGUCCUCUCUGCCUCAGCCUGAAACUCUUGACACAAAGGGAGUGGAAUAUAACACUGUACUUGAGACCACAGCUGAGAGGAUCAAAGAUUACCUUCAGAAAGAUCAGCAGAGGACAGAGGACUCUGUGCCGUACAGUGUUGUUGAACCAGAGGAAGGUGAGAUCAAAGAAACCCCCUCAGAACCUCUAUCCAAAGAUGAUCCUGAGUUAGAAAAUGCACCUGAUGGUUUUUCAGAAGGCAGACCUAUUCCGGAGUUAAAAACCACACUUGGAAUAACUUUUGAUGCUGUCACUUCCAAUGAUGAGGAAAGUGACAAGACUGAAUAUCAGCAGGAUGAGGAAAGUGAUUAUCAUCUCAGGGAAACUCCAUUGCUGGCUUUUUCUGAAGAAAGUUCUAAUUUGGAACACGAGAACAUUCUGGAAUCUGAUCAUACAGAUGAGGAAGACAGUCUAUCAGAGGUACCUCAUACACAGAAACAGGACUCCAAGGACAAUAACCUGUGGUCUGCAUUUGGUGAUACAGUUUUUAACAUUGUCAGUGGUGGGGAAAGAAUAGCUCAUGUUGCCAGUUCAGAGGAAGAUGAGGAGGAUGACGAAAGUGAGACUACACCAGAGCAGCCUCCCAAAAUUGAAGAACCCAAGGAGUCAUUUGGCUGUUCUACUUCCUCUGAGCUAAUCUUUGAGCAACCUGCGGACUCUAAUUUCAGUGAGGAUGCUGUCAAAGUACCUGAUGAGGAUUCUCAGAUGUUGCAGUUUGAGGAUGAAUCUGAAGAAGCUGACAUUGAACCUUCAACACCUCCUGCUGAUGAGGCAGGACACACUGAGGCUUUAGCAGAGAAUCUUACAGUAGAUGACAGCCCAGUCCCUAAACAGCUCUCACAGACAGACAUGCUCUCAGACUUUGAUAGUAAAAUUAACGAAUUAGAGCAGAAACAAGCUGUUGAAGAACUCCCCAUACAAAAAGAGGAGUCAAUAGAUUUCUCACAAGUAGAGAAUACAUUUAAACAGGGUGGUACAGAGCUUUUCAGACUAUUGCGAGAACCAUACCAGAAGAUCCCAGAUCCAAGUAAAAACACAAUGGUGAAAGAGAGCCAUCUUGAACUCCCCAUAGAGGAGGAUGAUUCAAUACACCUAGUGGGGGAAGAGAUUGAGGAAGAGUUGCUAGAGGAUGAAAAUGCGGUAUUGUCUUCAUCCAAAACUGAGCACACUGAUGAAAAUGACACAGAAAGUCUAUCUGAAUUUGGGUCAGAGCAACCCAAUAAUUAUACACAAACCGAUGUUGUAUCCAGUGAUGUGUUGGAUGUGGUCCAACACGACGAGGCUAUUGACAUAGAACCUGAGGUGCAUGAGACUGAAAAUGAUGCUGAAAGCCACACACCCUCACUUAAAGAUACAGUUCUGGAUCCCCUUCCAAACAAGGAGACGGAAUACAGUGACAAUGUGUUGAGGAUGACACUAUUGCGAGACCACUUCAAGGAGGAGGAUAUGGAGCGCCUCCAAAAGAUUCUAGGUCUUCAGAAUCUCUUUAGGGUGGAGUUCCUGUGUUCUGACCUGGAGCUGAAGGCUGCCUGGCUGUCCCAGACAAACACCAGUAAGGACAUUGAAAAGGUGCUGGAAGCCAUUUUGGAAGCCUCUGAAACCCCAAUCCUGGAUGAGAUUGAGAGGAUGCUGGAUGCCCAGGAGAACGCUGACCUGCAGCAGGAGGCUGGUGAGUUUGUUGAGGAAGCUUCCAUCUUGGACGACUUCCAGGAAUUGGUGUUCACCCUGAGUCAGAAGUACUCAACGGCCAGAAACAGUGCUCCCAUGGCAGUGGGCAGUCAACUACACCCUGACACAGAUGUGGAUAUGUCUGAUGAUGCGGAGGAAGAGAAGACAUUCCCGCAGUCUGUGGAGGACAUAGACAAGGACAACCUCACUGUGACAGAGACGGGUGAAGAGACUAAGGCACCUGAGAAGCCUGCCUAUGAUGGUCACAAGAUACCAGAUAUGGGCAUUGAGGAGGAUAGUGGGUACUUGAACAGAAACAAAGACAAUCAGGCAAGCUCUAAAACUCCAGAAGAAAUCCAGAGGGGCCCUCAAACUAUUUUGGAAAAUACCUUGGACAUGGGACUUAGCGUAGACAUGGAUCACCCUCCCUCAGGAUCUCUGGAGUCACCUCCUGUCACUGAUUUCCAUGAAGAUGAGCAGAGUGGUUCAUCAUUCGUAUCAGUGCUAAUUUUAUCUGGUCAUCUCAUCACCCUGUUUUAUGAGUAUCUUGGAAUAUAUGGUGUUAUGAUGGUCACCAGCCUGCCAGAGCACUGGAAGUCAGGUCCAGACUUCUACAGCGUGUUCUGUGAACCCGUGCUGGUCACUGCAGGUGCCGGGGUCAUCGGCUUCCUCUUCUGGAGGAGCAUUCUAUCUGUCAAAAGCAAGUCAUAUCUAACUACUGAAAAAGAGCUGGUGGACAGGAUGAAAAUGCUUGAACAAGAGAAGAAGGAGAUACUCCAAAAGGUCGCUGAACUGCGGCAACGGGGCGAAGAACUUAAAGAAAAUCAAAAGCUGUCGGAAAAAUCUGCCACUUUCUCUCUGGAGAAGAUCCAGGAUUUGGAGAAUAUUGUGCAAGAGAUGGAGAGACAAAAUGAGCUCCUGGAUGAGGAAAAUCACUUACUCGCCAUAUCCUUUGACAAAGAGCGGGCCAACACUGCGAAACAUGAAGAUAUGAUGUCCGAAAUGGACAAAACCAUUGAGAAGUUGAAGCGCAGCAAGAAGAAGACCCAGGACGCACUCUCCAAGUCUACCAUUCUGAUGGAUGAAGUCAAGCUCCGUGAAGAUGCCCGGAAUGUCCAGCACCAGGUUCUGGAGAAGGAUAUUGCCACCCUGAAGGAGGAGAACCUCUCGCUGCACCAUGCUGCCAAGUUGUGGGAGGAGAAGCACAGGGAGACAAGAGAGCAGAUCAAAUUCUACCACAAGUCUCAGAAAGACCUGGAGGAUUCCCUCGUUCAAAAGGACCACAACGUUGAGGUUCUGUCUGACCUGCUAGGAGACCUGGAGGCCUGCGAUGACCUGAAAGGUGGAGUUGUGGCUAACGGGGAAGCCUUUAACGACAAGCAGACCAUCAUCCAAAACCGCGUUAAGCAAAUGAUGGUCGUCUCUCGGAACUUUCCACAGGUCCAGACCACUCUGUCUGUUGUGGAGGAAGAGCGCGAUCGCUUCAUGACCAAGCUGCUGAACGAAGAGAAGUCCAGGAAAGAGCUGGAAGAGCAAUUUCAGAAGCUGGAGCAUGACAUCUUGUUGGUGAAAAGUGACAAGAACCACCUGGAGAACCAGUACAAGACCCUGCAGCAGAAGAAUGACAUCAUGACCGAGAUGUACCAGCAGAAGGAGAACGCUUUGCAGCAGAAGCUGACCAAGGAGGAGUUUGAGCGCCCCAACAAGGAAGACCGGCUGACGAAGGUGGACAGCAAGGCCCUAGAGGAGGAGGUCAAGGUGUGUAGGCAGCGCGUUAAAGAGAUCCAGGAUAAGCUGAAACGGACCGAGAAGUCCUACAAAGCCCAGAUCAUUAAGCAGGAGCAGAAAUCUCACGAGAACUGGGCGCUUGCACGCGCCGCAGAGCGAGCUAUGUUCAACGAGAAGAAGGAAAACAUUCACCUUCAUAACUUACUGACUUCCAUGUCCAGCAAGCUGAAUGAGCUCCGUAGGCCUCUGUUCAAGCCCACCCUUGGGAUGGCUCCCAUGCCUCUCCGACAAGGACCACGACCUUGCGGCCGUUACCCUCCUGACCACAAACACCCAGUGGCUUCUAGACCUGACACCAUGGCCCCAAGUACAUCCUCACCAAGCGAUCUGGGCAGCUCGACCGCUCCACUAGAGUCACAGGCUGAGGCCCAGGCCUCCACAGAGAACCCAGAGGCAAACACUCAACCUCAGGGUCCUGGCUCCCUGCUGGUCUCUCCCAUCAGGUCCCCCCCCGACUCAAGACCCGGCCCCCUCAGACCAGUCAUCAGCCAUCCCUCCGGACUCUGCUACCGUCCCAUUCCCGGAUGCCACCACAUCCCUCCUCCCCCACCCUUCAUGCCUCCCGUGUACCGACCAGACAACGGACACUCAGGCAUGAUGCCUCCUGGACCCCCACCGCCUAACGGACACCCGUUGAUACCACCCGGACAUCGGCGUCCAACUCCUGGUGCUUACAGUCCCCCUUCCCCACACAACCGGUACCUUCCUCCACCUUCUCACUAUGAACCGGUGCCUCCCCCAUUCGGUGUUUCCGGCAGCACUCCUAUGGCCCGACCCAUGGGACCCCCACAUACCUACGUGCACUAUGGACCACUUGAUCACUCCAUCCUGCCCCCUGGGGUGGCCCCAUACCCUCAUGUCGGCCCCAGAGACUUCCCUAUGCAGCCACAGGUCCCACAUGGCCAUGACUCUUCAGUGGGCCCCCAGCCCGGCGCUGGCCCCCAGGGCCAGGGGCAAGACUAUAGGUCCCAGCAGGCAACAGCUGCCCCCCAGGACUCUGCCAUGGCAGAGCCUUAGACACCUACCAACCAUUAACGACCCAGCUACAUUUAAUCAACCAAACAACAGAAGUAUCUAAAAAGUUAGUUCCUAUUAAAGCAUCAGAAAAUCAAUGUCUUAUGUUUCGUGUCUGAAAUGUAAUAGACUUGAAGAGGAGUAGUACUGAGGCUUGUUACUCUGCAAGAGGUCCUAUUGUGCAAUAACAUUUCUAUUGUGUGACUGAGCUUUUUUUAAAAGGUUAUUAUGUUGAUUUUUGUAUUCAUUUCACAAUGUUAUCAUGGUUUCCUGUGGAAAUUAUUAUUAAAAAGAAAUGGACCCCAAGCUUUUGGGUUGCUUGAUCAAUCAUUUCAGAAGUACCAUAUUAUCUGAGCUCUUCCCAAAACUCUCUUCAGAAUGAACUGAAAGGGAAAGUUGAAAGUCAGAUGUAAUUUACUGUUUUUAGGAUAUUUUAUUAAUAAAACUGGUCAAAGAUACUGCAGUUUUCUAUUGCUCAUAUGACGCAUAUGACAACUUUUGCGAUCCAUUUUAGUUUGAAAGGAAAUGUCUGACAGUGCAUUUUGUUUUGUAUGGGUAGCUGCAUUACAUGUGAAAGGCCAGUAAAUCACCCACUAACUGAACACCUGUCAUAUUACAUUUGUUUCACAUUUGUGUCUUUUUGUUAUGUUACAUCAGGAAUGCAUCACAUUUUUUCUAUUUAUUAUCAAUAAAAAGAAAAUAAGCAAUUA